AUGACAUCAAAAUCGACCAAGAAGGGACCCUGGACCUCAAGUGAGGACCAGGCCCUGCUGGCGCUGGUGCGCCAGCUGGGCCCGCAAAACUGGGUGCGGAUAGCAGCAGCGCUGCAACAUCGGUCGCCCAAACAGUGUCGAGAACGAUACCACCAAAACCUAAAGCCUUCGCUCAACAAACAGCCGAUCUCCGAAGCAGAAGGAGCGGUGAUUGAAGACUUGGUAAGCCGGCUAGGCAAAAAAUGGGCAGAGAUCGCCAGGGUGCUCAACAACGGCCGCAGCGAUAACGCGGUGAAAAACUGGUGGAACGGCGGUGCCAACAAGCGCUUGCGGGCCCGAGGAACAGUCUCGGUUCCAGCGUCAGUGUCAGCGUCAGUGUCAGCUCCAGCGUCAACUACAGCUCCGGUUCCUGCCACUGCUACCAUGCAUCAUCCGCUCGCACGAACAGAGUCGAUGCCUGCGUCGCCGUCGCAUUCCGUUUCUGGCUCGAACUCGGUAUCGUCUUCAACGGCGUCCUCCUCGCCAUCGGCUGCCGCCGCCGCCGCCGCAGCAGCAGCAGCAGUGGGCUCGGCCACCACCGUCUCACACUAUAACCAUCACCAUCAGCCCUCACAGUCGCCGGCUCUCCGACCAGCUUUGGUCUCCACAACUUCGCUCCCGCCUGUGAGUUAUAUCCAACAGUCGAUCUACAACGCGGGUCACACUGCGAGUUCUUCGAUAUCCUCUAGCACAACAGCAUCUUCGGCUUCAACUCCGGCUUCAACUCCGGGCUUCCAAGGCCACCGAAGCACAGGCUCGGGACCCUCACUUUUCCACAACCUGGUGGAAAAUCGACAUUCUCAGUCUUUCUCGACUCCCUCGCAAAAAUGGCCCUCGCAUUCCAAGAGCCAUUCCGAGCUGCCGUCGUUGGGAACCGCCGUGUGGGGUCACUCCAGAACCGUUUCGCCCACAGCCGAGGUUUUCGGCGCCAGCUUCAUGGAUCGAUCCCGAAGUACGUCCAGAAGGUCUUCAUUAGCGUUUUUGGACAGUAUUGGCAGUAAUAAACGUCCGAGUCCCAGCCAUCGGGCUGUUCAGGAUUUUCCUGGCAUCCAAUCCGCAAGUAUCAGCUCUACUAGCAGCAGCAUAAUGAGCCCUGCCAAUUUCUCGAGCACACCCGGAUCGGCAGUGUCUGCAGCGCCGGCCCCAACAUCGAGCUUCUUGGCGAGUGAAUCCACUCGUCAACUUAAUGACGCCGACAUGAUUAGACCGGAUUUCAAAUUCGGCGGCGAUUUUACAAAACAUACCACCACUCCCAUGCCACGGCCCUUGCUACCGCAAAGUGCCGUUAGAGAGCAGCAACACGUACCGUCGGCUACAGCGCCGUCGAAUCAGCGCAAUAAAUCGCAGACUCGUGUGACCCUUGGUGAUAUUUUGAAUAAGCCAUGA